ACAUACCGAGAUCUUUCGCGAUUGACGGGCCUAAUUCCUGAUUGCUACUCCAUGCGAGUAGAGCAGCACACGCGCGCAUGGAUCGUAAGGUCCCACGUUGGCCACCUCCGCCACAGCAAGUAGUAUAAGAAGACGAAGACCUCCGUCCCGACGAGUCCCUUGAAUUCCUUCUCACCGUACUCGCUCAUUACUAUCCUAGGGUUGUAUCCGGGUCGAAUCAAAAUGAAGGUCACUACUACCAGUGUCGCGGCAUUGGCCGCCGGUGCUAUGGCUGCGCCCUCGAGCACUACGCCCCGAUCGGCCAACAAGGCUGCUGCUGCUUGCUCGUCUGCAGUUACGCUCGACGCCAGCACCAACGUGUUCUCGAAGUACAAGCUACACGCCAACACCUUCUACCGCCAGGAGGUUGAGAAGGCUGUUGCUGCCAUCACCGAUGCGUCCUUGAAGAGCCAGGCUGAGAAGGUCGCUGACGUCGGUAGCUUCUUGUGGCUCGACAACAUCGCCAACAUUGCCAAGUUCGACCCUGCUGUCGCUGACCUCCCUUGCGAGGAAAUCCUUGGUCUCGUAAUCUACGAUCUGCCCGGUCGUGACUGCGCCGCCAAGGCCUCCAACGGUGAACUCAAGUACAACGAGCUUGACAAGUACAAGACCGAGUACAUCGACCCCAUCGUUGCCAAGAUCAAGGCCAACGCCAACUCGGCUUUCGUUCUGUUGAUCGAACCCGACUCUCUGCCCAACUUGGUCACCAACGCCGACAAGACUACCUGCUCCGAGAGCAAGACCUCCUACGAAGAGGGUGUCGCUUAUGCCCUCAAGAGCCUCAACCUUCCCAACGUCGUCAUGUACGUCGACGCUGGUCACGGUGGCUGGCUCGGUUGGGAUGACAACCUUAAGCCCGGUGCUGAGGAGCUUGCCAAGGUUUACAAGAGCGCUGGCAGCCCCAAGCAGGUUCGUGGUUACGCCACCAACAUCGCCGGAUGGAACGCCUGGGACCAGGACCCAGGUGAGUUCUCUGACGCGUCCGACGCCAAGUACAACUCGUGCCAGAACGAGAAGAUCUACGUCACCAAGUUCUCUGCCGCCCUUAAGACUGCUGGCUUCCCCGAGCACGCCAUCGUCGACACUGGCCGCAACGCCGUCACUGGCCUCCGUGAGGAGUGGGGUGACUGGUGCAACGUCAACGGCGCCGGAUUCGGUGUCCGCCCCACCUCUGAGACGGGUUCUGAACUGGCCGAUGCCUUCGUCUGGGGUAAGCCCGGUGGUGAGUCUGACGGUACCAGCGACGAGAGCGCCACCCGCUACGACUCGUUCUGCGGUAAGCCCGAUGCCUACAAGCCCUCUCCCGAGGCCGGUGACUGGAACCAGGCCUACUUCGAGAUGCUUCUCAAGAACGCCAAGCCCCAGUUCUAAGCGGCGACAACUGGCAAGGACAAUGAUGGCGUUUGUGAGUCCGAUUUGGUGAGGUGUAACUGGCGCAUGGCGUGAAUCGAGGCUUUUUUAGGCUAAGUGACGCGGAUUGUGUGGGAAAAUCAGAAUGACCUAGCUGUUCGGACCGCAGACGCUCUUUUUUUUCCUUCAAUCAAAAACCUUGUACUGAAGAUUCAAUUGUAUAUAGCUUUGUGCAGUACAUACGCAAGAAUUUUUUUUCUCUCUCCACUGACCGCUUGUUUCGAUAUUAUGUGUGUUAAUUUGUGAUGGAAAUCUGAUGAUGUAGAAGAAUAGAAUUGAAUGGUCCGACUUUAGCAGCUUCUAUUCAGGGUUUAGUGGGCCUAGUUAUGGCGCGGUUGCACCCGUAUUAGGGACAUGACAGCUCUGAAGGCCCCGCUUCUAGGGGCGGCAGCGACGGCUCAGGACGCUAGCGUCAGGGAAUUAUCACCAC